AUGAACCCCGGAGACGAUGCGCAGCACGGCGCAACCACCGCCGGCCCCGUCAACAUGGAGUCCGGAGAUGCGACUGGACUCAAGAAGUCGAACCUGAGUGAUGCGCUGUCUCCCUCCCCUUCGCCGGCGCCCUCGCCCACCUCCGCCACGCCCGCCGCUGCGGCGGGCCCGGAGGAGGAUCUGGCGACCAAGGCACUCCAGUUCCUCUCGACAGCUACACCGGCAACACUGGGGGCCAUCGCUGUCGGCCUCGCAGCUGUGACUUACUUCAUACUCGGCCAGGUCGGUCUUCUCUUGAUUGGCGCAUUCGCUGGCGUGACGUUCUUCAUAUCAUGGGAAUCCCGGCAUCCCGAGGUGUCGCGGGCUGUUCGCGGGGAGAAGGGCUACGACGUCUUGGACCGUCUACUCGAGACCAAGGCGCACAUAUCCGCAAUCAAAACAGACCAAGGCGACGACGAGGCCGUCUCCCAGGCCCUUGCACGGAGCUUCGACGACUUUCAGCCCGAGACCCGGGAGGCCCUCAACAGUCUAGUUGACGCUGUGGUCCGAGACUACGUGGAUUGGUGGUAUGGCCCGAUCGUGCCAUCCGACAAGUCCUUCCCUCUGUCCUGUCGCAGAGUCUUGACCUCCUUCCUGCUGUCCAUCUCGAACCGACUGAGCCGCAAGCGACCUGCCGAUGCCUUCGUCGACUUCUUGACCAACACGUGUUCCAUAAUCAUUGUCUUCUUCUCAGAGAUGACAGCUGCUUAUGCGUCUGUCCAGGCAGACGGCGCUCCUUCUGCUACUGAUGCAAUAUACGGCUAUCUGUCAUCCAACACAGACUCGCCCCUCUCCAAUUUGCUCAACCAAAGGCAGCAGGCAAGUAAAUUCAAGAUGGUGGCAGAAGACCUGCUCGCCUUCCUGGAGCGCUCUGCCUAUGAUUGCGACCCAGCGAGGAUCUUUCUGAGGGAGAUUCUGGCUACCAGCGUACUGGAAGGGUCGCUGCAGACAUGUUCCAAGGCCGAAUGGAUUAACGGGUGGAUAGUGUACCUUCUAGAGUCCGGAGAAACCGACCUUUCCCAGGCCAUUGACGAAGCCAUCCAAGAUCGGGCGUUCGCUGAUGUGGACGGCAAUUUCGGCAACAUCAGCUUGUCCAAGGGGAACCGGAACAGCUAUGAGAUAGACCGUGCGCGGAAAAAGGAGUUGACUCACAAGAAGAAGCUGUCGAAAGCUGACGAGGAAAUGGAACGGGCCAUGGAAGAGAUGAAGAAGCUGAACGAGAUGAUUGCCCAGGCCGAAAAGACCAAGCCUGCAACGAAUGACCGGGUGUCUGAUGCUUCCGAUCGGUUGGACAACGCUCUGAAAGCUAACGACAAGGAGCUUGAUCUUAACCUGGAUAAGCCGAUGAAUGGCGCUGCGACGGCGAGAGCCCAGGAGGCGUCGCUCGCAGAAGGACAAGGCGCCAAAUUGGAGGCAGUUCCCGAGAAGACCGCCAGUCAAGAAACCCCUGUCAAAUCACCCAUCACUCCCAAAUCAAGUGUGGACAUCCCGAGCGAAACUUCCUCCUCUCCUCGAAGCCAAGAAGCAGCAAACACUUCUCGUUUCACGAGUUUUGACCAGAUUGUUCCCCCUGCAAGAGAUGAACCAGAAGAGGACGAAGGAGCACGCAAGCCGGCGCCACUCACCCUGCAGAAUGCUAUCAUCACGGUGCAUGAUGAUAUUGGUACUGAUAAGGGCAGACUGCGAGCAAAACCCAGUUGGGAGUAUCUACUCCAGAUAGAACCGGCAUCAUCUCAGCACCCUGGGUGGAUGAUAAUGAAAACCUAUCCGCAGUUUGAAGCACUGCACGAGAGUUUGCGACGUAUCGCAGCUAUAUCCGGUGCCACCGCGUUCCUCGAAGCUCACGCCACAUUUGCAAGCUGGAAAGUUCACACCAGAUCAUCCCUACGUGGUGAAAUUGAGAGGUACUUGCGGGCCGCCUGUGCAGAGAAAACUCUGGCCGAAUCUGAAGCAAUGAAGCGAUUUUUGGAGAAGGGUCAAGAUGCUCGGAUGCCAGUCCAGAGAGGUUUCUCCUUCGAAUCGAUGGGCAAAGGCAUGCUCGAUGGCGUUCUCAAUGCGCCAAAGGGUGUAUUGGAUGGUAGUAAGGUGGUCGUCGGAGGUGUCACCGGUGUCCUAGGCAACAUUGGGCUUGGACAGCGCAAGCAAACAAUUUCCUCCGUACAGGAGAGCCAGAUGGCGAAAACAAACGGAUCAACUGCCAGCCGACCACUCUCCCUAUCUGCGCUUCCCCGAAUGGAAACCGGAUCUUCUGCAAGAUCUAGGGACAGCACUGAGAGCCAAAGGUCGUCGAUUGUCUUUACGCAACCUGGACUUAUUGCCCCUAUGGAGAGAAGUCCUAUCGAAAGGAGGCCAAGCUAUCAGAAUGACUUUGAGCAGCCAGAAGGGUCCCAACCUAACAGAUCUGACCGCUGGGAGCGGAAAUCCAUAAGCGCGACAAGCAGCAGAGGUAACAGCCGUGCUUCUAGUAUGGCUGCGUUGCGGUCACCUCUUCGCUCCCCGUCGGAAAUGAGUUUGCUCAAUAUGAAGCUUCCACCACCUCCUACCGAGAUUCCAGAUGAUUACGAUUCUCCUACGAAUACACGCCCUAGUAGCGAUGCGUACUCUAGGGCUGACAACGGCUUGUUAUCUCCUCAGACGUCGUUCUCGUCUCCAUCCCGAUCACACGCCUCUCAUCACCAGGAGAAACCAUCUAUAAGCGAAAGCUCGAGCAGGCGUCGGAGGAUACAGUAUCCGCCCUUAUCAGAGCAAGAGACUCGAGUGGCAGUUGAACUACUGUUCGCGGUGAUCAACGAGCUCUACACUCUAUCGUCCGCUUGGAACAUCAGACGAACAUUGCUCACUGCCGCAAAGUCCUUCCUUAUACGCCCGGGCAAUCCUUCUUUGAUAUCUAUCCAAUCCCUUAUUCAGGACUCGGUGCUAGAUGCGAACAUCUCGGAUGAGGGCAUUGCAUCCCACCUACGCAAAAUGCGGGAGAAUUCACUUCCCACAGAAGAAGAGCGGAAAGCUUGGCCGGCCGAGUUGACCGCAGACGAGAAGGAAGAGCUACGAGUCAAAGCUCGGAAGCUGUUUAUUCAGAGCAGCGUUCCCGCGGCAUUGAUGGGCAUCAUGGGGCAAUCUGCCACCAGCGAGGCGCUUGGGCGUGUUUUUGACUGCUUACAGAUUGAAGAGGUUGCUAGAGGUCUAUUUUUCGGCAUCAUGCUACAGGCAGUCCGCGUCGUCACCCACUAG